AUUUGUCUGGAUGCAAACACUCACACUUCAAACUGCUUGAUUUUCAGGCAAAUCCCCCUCAGUGUCCUGUCAUCACUGGCCAAUCCGGCUGCAUCUAUGAAUUCCCUACCGCCCAGCACCUCUGCCGUCAGCAGCCCGGUCAGUUCCCUGGACUCCCCCCUGUCUGUCAUCAGCUCCUCUCUCGGCUCCCCUGCCGUGCCCGGGACUCCCUCCGUCGGCUAUGGUCCCCUCAGUAACCCGCAGAUCAACUCGUCGAUGUCGGCGUCCGGUCAGCACACUGUGAGCAGCUCUGACGACGUGAAGCCUCCGUUUGGCCUGAAGUCCAUGGGCGGCUGUGGUCCCAUGCUGUCACAGAAACGACUGUGUGCCAUCUGUGGAGAUCGCUCCUCGGGGAAGCACUAUGGUGUGUACAGCUGUGAGGGUUGUAAGGGCUUUUUUAAGAGGACUGUGAGGAAAGACCUUAGCUACACCUGCCGUGAUAAUAAAGAGUGCCUGGUGGACAAACGCCAGCGCAACCGCUGCCAGUACUGCCGCUACCAGAAAUGUCUGGCCAUGGGCAUGAAGAGAGAGGCUGUGCAGGAGGAGCGCCAGAGGACCAAGGAGAGAGAUGGAGAUUAUGACAGCAGCAUUUCUGCCAAUGAGGACAUGCCCGUGGAGAAGAUUCUGGAAGCUGAGACGGCGGCGGAGCGUAAGACAGAGCUGCACUCUGACGGCAGUUCUGUAAGUCCCAGUGAUCCCGUCUCCAACAUGUGCCAGGCAGCCGACAAACAGCUGUUCACGCUGGUGGAAUGGGCCAAAAGAAUUCCCCAUUUCUCCCAGCUUCCUCUGGAUGACCAGGUGAUCCUCCUGAGAGCAGGGUGGAAUGAGCUCUUGAUCGCCUCGUUCUCUCAUCGCUCCAUCGGCAUGAAAGACGGCGCGCUGCUUGCCGCGGGACUGAGCGACCACAGAGAUGUGACCGGGGUGGGAGCCAUCUUCGACAGGGAGAGCAUGCACAGCACAGAGGUGGGCGCCAUCUUCGACAGGGUGCUGACAGAGCUGGUGUGUAAAAUGAGAGACAUGCAGAUGGAUAAGACAGAGCUGGGCUGUCUGCGUGCAAUUGUCCUCUUUAACCCAGAUGCCAAAGGUCUGUCCAGCACUAGUGAGGUGGAGCUGCUCCGUGAGAAGGUGUAUGCCUCUCUGGAAGCCUACUGUAAACAGAAAUACCCUGAACAACAGGGCAGAUUCGCUAAGCUCCUCCUCCGUCUGCCAGCGCUGCGUUCUAUUGGCCUUAAGUGCCUUGAGCACCUUUUCUUCUUUAAGCUGAUUGGGGACACUCCCAUUGACACGUUCCUAAUGGAGAUGCUGGAGGCUCCCCAUUAACUGAGCAUGGUGGCUAACUGUGAGUUAGGGCGGCCAGGCCCUGGGCCCUGACACUCACUCCCAAUGCACUUUUUCUUAAAAUUCCCAGGGCAAUGCAGCAAUUGGUCAGCCUGGGGUACACUUUUUUAAAAAAAUAAAUAUAUAUACAUAUAUUUUUUUGAAGUGCACCACAGAAUCUGAAGACCCUAAAUUUGCCAUGAACUUAGAAGUGUGCAGGUGCUAUGUUUCAAUCAUGAGUCUCUUGAAUUCUUGAAAAAAACAAAAAAAAACAAACUAGAAGCUCAGAGCCGUCAGAGUCCUGACCGAAUCACAUAAGCUCGAAAACAAACAAACAAACCGGGGUUUACACUUUAGUCAGAGAGCGUCGAGGCUUUUUAACAGCGGGGUAUAAUAAGCUUUAAUUGUAUGUGAGUACGCUCCUUUGCCGUAUGUUUUUUUUUUUAAUCCCAAAAUGACUAACAUGGUGUGUUUAUGGCCCCUGAGGACUGAUCUCAGAACAGUUUCCAUCAUGGUCCUGGGCCUAAACUCACAUCUUUAGGCCAGUAACACGCACCCGGGCCCAUGUUUAUCAAACGCCUCCGAGUGACAGCACUGAUCUAAGAUCAGAUUUCAUCAGUCCAAGUAACUGUAUUGAUCAUCAUCAUCAUGAAAAGCUAAAAACUGAUCCUAGAUCAGUGCUCUUACCCUGAGAACUUUGGUCCCAUUGACCCCUGGCCACUCUUUAUGCAAUGAAGCUCAAAAUCAUGCAAACAACUUAUGGAAAAUCUUUUCUUUCCAAAAUUAAAAGAUAAUGUACAGUUUUAUGAUGUGCAAUUUGAGUACAAACUUUGAGCAACGUAAAGGCUUUGAGUCAAAAGCAGGGAAAUGCCCUUCUAACCAGCACUCACCCAGCGUAUGGACCAGGAGUGACUGACUAAUCAAAACUUGAGAAAUGGUCCUGUGAUAUUAUUAUUAUUAUUAUUACUCUUAUUAUUAUUAUUACUAUGACUAUUAUUAUUAUUACUAUUAUGAUGAUGAAAUCUUGAUGUAUCUGACAGAAAAAAGGACAUUCAGUGGGAUUUAACAGUUCUGCAGUGUCAGCGGGCAGUUGUGGUGAGUGGAGGCGGGGCUUGUGACUGUAGGCGGGCAGUUGUGGUGAGUGGAGGCGGGGCUUGUGACUGUAGGCGGGCAGUUGUGGUGAGUGGAGGCGGGGCUUGUGACUGUAGGCAGGCAGUUGUGGUGAGUGGAGGCGGGGCUUGUGACAGUAGGCGGGCAGUUGGUGGUGAGUGGAGGCGGGGCUUGUGGUUGUAAGCAGGGAGUUGUGGUGAUUGGAGGCGGAGUUGUGGUGAGUGGAGGCGGGCCUUGUGAUUGUAGGCGGGGAGAUGAGGUGAGUGGAGGUGGGCGACCUUGGUGUUGUUGUUUUGACUGAAGUGCGGUAGCUUGAACACGUCUGUAGACCUGUGUCUGACAUUGCUUACUCUAUUAUCUCUCUUUGUUUGCAUUCUUAUUCAAGUAUCAGUCUCUAAUGCACUCUUUUGCAUCUAAUCACAUAUCAGGUAAACAUCUAUGUUAAUGACGAAAAAAAAAAAAAAGAUUCCUAAAAUAUACUGCACUAUACAAGCUCAAAUGUCAUCAAAUGUUUGACCAAAAAUUGGUCUUUUUUUUAAAAAAAAAAACUUUGGUGCUUUAGAAUUGACAUUUGAUGUUACAUCCCUGACAAACAGCACAUGUAGGAGUACAAACAUGUACAGAUGUUAACUUGAAUUUCUUUUUUCUUCUCUUUUGUUACGUAAUGAACAAAGGCAAUAUGAAAUUGAAUUGGAAGUGACGUAAGGUGCACUCCUCUGUGGUGUUCAGAGGCUGUGUUGAGUGGGACACCUUCCCAGUGCAUACUUCAUAAGAGUGGGGAUGAUCUGAAGUACUGUGCAAACCUUUUGGUUCAGGGACAAAGAAAAAAACAAAAAAAAAAAGGAGUUAAAUAAGCCUGGAUGUAACGUGUGGGUUUAGGAAUCAGUGUAUAUCCUCACGCUUUUUAUGGUUUAGCUUUUUAGUUUUUAGUCGAUGUAUACAUCUAAAAAAAAAAAAAAAGCCUUAGUUUGCACUGGAUCUUCCUAAAAUUCCCAAUUCUCCCUCUGACUCUUUUUUUGUGAUUUUUUUUUUCUCCUUUUUUUCUGAGCUAAUGACAUUCUCUUAUGACAUUUAGGUAACUGUGUCGAUGUGUUGAUUUUAUUUUUUUUAGAAAGCUCUUCUGCUCCUGCGUCCUCUGUCCUUGCUUACUGCAUAAGGAACAUUAAAUAACACGGAAACAUUGGAAUGUUUCUUUUCUUUUUUUGUUUUUUUUGGCAGAGACGUAUUAAUAAAAGACUUUUCUUUUGUUGUUGUUUUUUUUUUUUUUUUUUUUUGUAUAAUCCUGUAGCAUGGGCUUCAGUAGCGCUGUCACUCUUAGGCCUCUCCUUCCUGUCCGCUUUGUCUGGAGUCUCUCAAAUACAACAGAUAAGACCCAUACCAUACCAAUACAGCGUCAUGCAACUGUAACUGAACCCUAUGACACACACAGCCCAAAAUAAAGAUGGUAACACACCCGAA